AUGGAUGCUCCGAGGAGAGUUACCAUCAAGGAAGCGGGUGCACCGGAUUAUGUCCUUCAACCCCUUCAUGUAACUCACCUCAACUUAAAUGCAAACUUUGAAUUGAAAACCGCUUUGAUUAACCUCCUACCUAAGUUUCAUGGGCUUCCCGCACAAGACCCUAUUCGACAUCUCAAGGACUUUCAUCAUAUAUGCUCAACCACUAGACGGGAAGGAUCCGAUGAAGUUGCUAUAUGGUUGUUUGAUUUCCCUUUCUCUCUUGAGGACAAGGCGAAAGAAUGGUUCUACACUCUAUCUAGUGAAGUCACCUCCGAUUGGGACUUACUUAGAAGAGGAUUCUUGGAUAAAUUCUUGCCCCCGGAGAAGAUGGAUAGGCUAAGGAAGGAAAUGUCUUGUAUUGUGCAAGGUGAAACGGAACCGCUAUACGAGUAUUGGGAACGGUUUCCUAAGCUACUAGACGCAUGCCCUAAUCACAUGCUUGACACUCAAGUAUUGCUUGGAUACAUAUGUCAAGGGAUGCGAGAACAAGAUAGAACUCUCUUGGACACCUCUAGCAAUGGUUCUUUGUCCAAAUAUAAAACAGCGGAGGAGGCAUGGCAACUUAUCAUUGACUUAGCCGAAUCCAAUCAAAAUAUGAGACGAAGAGUCAACCGUCCGAGGACCGUGAAUGAGGAGAAGGAAACACAAGACUCAAAUCCUAUCACAAUCACCCAAGAGGAGGAGAGAAUAGAUAUAGAAGAGGUAGAGGAAGAGGAGACACCACAAGCUAUAAUUGAGGAUGAAACUCAACCAACAAAGGAGACCCCCAAAGCCAAGAGAACCUUGGAAGAAGAAAUUGCUCAACCACUCCCAUUCCCAUCACUUGCAAAGAAAGCUAGAAAGCGCAUAGAACUCGACCCCAAAAUGGUAGAAAUGUUCAAGAAAGUUGAGGUAACCAUCCCCCUCUUUGAUGCCAUCCAUCAAGUUCCUAGAUAUGCAAAAUUCCUCAAAGAUCUAUGCAUGAAUAAGGAUAGAAUUCUUGAAUUGGAAACCAUCCCAUUGGGGAGUUCUAUUUCCGCUUUAAUGGGAGCAUUGCCCGAGAAGUGUGAUGAUCCGGGCCCUUGUAUGGUCACUUGCACCGUCAAUGGAGUUCAAUUUAUAGAUUGUACGUGUGACCUCGGAGCAUGUGUUAGCAUCAUACCACUCUCUGUCUACCGGAUAUUGAAGUUGCCACCACUAAAAAGGUGGACGGCAAGAUUUGUCCUAGCGGAUAAAAGCAUAAUAACCGUGACGGGUGUUGCGGAAGACGUAUUGGUGAAUAUCAAAGGGUUGGUGUUUCCAAUUGACUUCUAUGUCCUUGAAAUGCCAUCAAGCGAAACCGAGAGAGCAUCAUCUAUCCUACUUGGAAGACCAUUCCUGAGAACUUCUAGAUUUAAGCUAGAUGCCUACUCGGGAACCUACUCAUUUGAGAUAGAUGGGAGAGUCGUAAGUUUUAGCCUAGAAGAAGCAAUGAAGCAUCCACCGGAGAAUCACUCUCUAUUCCGGUGUGACCCAAUUGACAACAUGGUUGCCAAAGUGCACCUUGCAAAGUUAGAUGAGAAGUAG